GGAUGAGUCGGACUGUCGGACGGUGGAUAUGGCCUGAAGGUCAGACGAUCCGCGUCCCCUCCUGGGACGCCACUCCCCCGCGCCAUCGGCCACCGCCGCCGCGUCCUGCUCCUCCCCACCCACCGCCUCCAUGUCCACCUCCUCCCCAUCACCCCACCAUUGCCUCGACGAUCUCCUCUCUCGGCGCCGCGGCCAUCAAUCCCGCGGCGGCCACCGUCUCCAAGUCCCAUUCGCCGUGCAGCCAUCGCCGGGGCCUCGCCCCCGUUGCCAUCUCUAGAGCCGCGUGAAGGGAAGCAAAGGCCCUCCUCCACCCUAGAGCAUUCUCUCCGGCGGCGCCGCUCGUGCCCGUAACUACGCCUUUCCGAUGAGAAGCGCCGGCACCAUUAGCCAGCAGCUCACCCGCUACGCCGCGGCGCAGGCGCUGCUCCCGGGGGCGCACCUCCACGCCAGCCUCCUCAAGUCCGGCUCCCUCGCCUCGUUCCGCAACCACCUCAUCUCCUUCUACUCCAAGUGCCGCCGCCCCUGCUGCGCCCGCAGGGUGUUCGACGAAAUCCCUGACCCGUGCCACGUCUCCUGGUCAUCCCUCGUCACCGCCUACUCCAACAACGGCCUGCCCCGGAGUGCGAUCCAGGCAUUCCACGGCAUGCGCGCGGAGGGUGUAUGCUGCAAUGAGUUCGCUCUCCCUGUUGUGCUCAAGUGCGUGCCGGACGCCCGCCUCGGUGCGCAGGUGCACGCCAUGGCGAUGGCUACGGGGUUUGGCAGUGACGUCUUCGUGGCGAACGCGCUUGUGGCCAUGUACGGUGGAUUUGGCUUCAUGGAUGAUGCGAGGAGGGUGUUCAAUGAGGCUGACAGCGAGAGGAACGCCGUCUCUUGGAAUGGCCUGAUGUCAGCGUAUGUCAAGAAUGACCAGUGCGGUGAUGCCAUCCAGGUGUUUGGUGAGAUGGUGUGGAGUGGGAUUCAGCCUACUGAAUUUGGGUUCUCUUGCGUGGUGAACGCCUGCACGGGUUCCAGGAAUAUAGAGGCUGGAAGACAAGUGCAUGCUAUGGUGGUACGGAUGGGCUAUGACAAGGAUGUGUUCACGGCCAAUGCAUUGGUUGACAUGUACAUGAAAAUGGGGCGUGUUGAUAUUGCUUCUGUUAUUUUUGAGAAAAUGCCUGAUUCGGAUGUGGUCUCCUGGAAUGCUUUAAUUUCUGGGUGUGUACUUAAUGGUCAUGAUCACCGUGCGAUAGAGUUGUUACUGCAGAUGAAAUAUUCAGGACUGGUUCCCAAUGUGUUUACGUUGUCUAGCAUCCUGAAGGCUUGUUCUGGUGCUGGGGCAUUUGAUUUGGGUCGGCAAAUCCACGGGUUCAUGAUCAAAGCCAAUGCAGAUUCAGAUGAUUAUAUAGGUGUUGGUCUUGUGGAUAUGUAUGCAAAGAACCAUUUUUUGGACGAUGCAAGGAAGGUGUUUGAUUGGAUGUUCCAUAGGGAUUUGAUUCUGUGUAAUGCACUGAUAUCAGGUUGUUCUCAUGGAGGGCGACAUGAUGAGGCUUUGUCCCUCUUUUACGAGUUGAGAAAGGAGGGUCUCGGCGUUAAUAGGACAACAUUGGCUGCUGUUCUCAAGUCCACAGCAAGCUUGGAGGCAGCCAGCACCACAAGACAGGUUCAUGCUCUUGCAGUGAAGAUAGGUUUCAUAUUUGACGCUCAUGUUGUCAAUGGGCUUAUUGAUUCCUAUUGGAAGUGCAGUUGUCUCAGUGAUGCAAACAGAGUGUUUGAAGAAUGUUCUUCUGGUGACAUUAUAGCUUGUACAUCCAUGAUCACAGCACUCUCACAGUGUGACCAUGGUGAGGGUGCAAUAAAGCUGUUCAUGGAAAUGCUAAGGAAGGGGCUUGAGCCAGAUCCUUUCGUGCUAAGUAGCUUACUGAAUGCUUGUGCUAGCUUAUCAGCUUAUGAGCAAGGGAAGCAAGUCCAUGCUCAUCUGAUCAAGCGACAGUUCAUGUCAGAUGCGUUUGCAGGGAAUGCUCUUGUGUACACUUAUGCUAAGUGUGGUAGCAUAGAGGAUGCAGAGUUGGCUUUCUCCAGCCUGCCAGAGAGGGGAGUUGUCUCAUGGUCUGCAAUGAUCGGAGGGCUAGCACAGCAUGGGCAUGGGAAGAGAGCAUUGGAAUUGUUUGGCAGGAUGGUUGAUGAAGGCAUUAAUCCAAACCACAUCACCAUGACUAGUGUUCUCUGUGCUUGCAACCAUGCAGGACUUGUUGAUGAGGCCAAGCGGUACUUCAAUUCAAUGAAGGAGAUGUUUGGCAUUGACAGGACGGAGGAACAUUACUCAUGUAUGAUUGAUUUGCUUGGCCGUGCUGGUAAACUAGACGAUGCAAUGGAGCUUGUUAACAGCAUGCCAUUCCAAGCAAAUGCCUCAAUUUGGGGGGCGCUACUAGGAGCCUCAAGAGUACACAAAGACCCAGAACUGGGAAAGCUGGCAGCUGAAAAGCUCUUCAUCCUAGAGCCCGAGAAAUCUGGUACACAUGUUCUGCUUGCAAACACUUAUGCAUCUGCAGGCAUGUGGAAUGAGGUGGCUAAGGUGCGAAAGCUAAUGAAAGACAGUAACAUCAAGAAGGAACCUGCCAUGAGCUGGAUUGAGGUUAAGGACAAGGUGCAUACUUUCAUUGUUGGUGACAAGAGCCACCCAAUGACAAAAGAGAUAUAUGCAAAGCUAGUUGAAUUGGGAGAUCUAAUGAGCAAAGCUGGUUUUGUUCCAAAUGUAGAUGUUGAUCUCCAUGAUUUAGACAGGAGUGAAAAGGAGUUGCUUCUUUCUCAUCAUAGUGAAAGGCUAGCUGUUGCGUUCGCUUUGCUCAGCACUCCACCUGGAGCACCCAUUAGAGUCAAGAAAAAUCUGCGCAUAUGCAGAGAUUGCCAUGUGGCAUUUAAGUUCAUUUCAAAGAUUGUUUCGAGGGAAAUUAUCAUCAGAGACAUCAACCGAUUCCAUCAUUUCAGAGAUGGGACAUGUUCUUGCGGUGAUUACUGGUAGAAACAGUUCGAAACAGGAUUUAUUGUAGCUUUUGAGAAUUGUGGUGGUCAGAAAAGUAUACACACGCUCAGAGAAGCUUAACAAUUUAGAAAAUUUUGUACCCACUGUAGCAACCAUUUUAGGCAGUUGUUGGAGUAUUUGAUAAGCUAUGUGGUUUCUGUAGCUGAAUCUACAACACACUCCGCACUAAGCCAGAAAGGUCCAAAAUUUUGUUUUUUCUGUUGUGUUAACGAAGGAGCAGUCCUCAUGUACAUGAUUUUUUUAAACAUUCUUAAUUGUUAUAGGAUAGAACAAAAUUUAGCUAUAGCAAGUUUACAACCUGGUGUCUCUUAUAGUAAUUUUUAAGUCGUUUAGAACAUAUAUGUAAAAGUUUUAUCUAGAAAUUGUUUUUAAUUACUAAUAAACCAUUAUGGUUUAUAAUAAAUAAUAGGUAACUAAUGGGGUCCUUAACCAAGUAUAUUCUUUUAACCGCUCGAACCACUCAAUAUAUAACCAUACAUGUUGGUCUGACUACUUUAGUUGUUAAGUAUGUAUAUCACUUUACCAAAAUGCUGGCAUUGAAAAACAUUUUUUUAAUAAAAUAUUCAAGUGAAUUCUUUGGCCUCAUUUUUGCAAACUGGGAAGUUUUUUUUAUUCCUGCUCAUUGAGGCAAGUUUUAUGAUUGCUGCUCAUUGAGGUUAAUGUGAAUUCUUUUCUGUACUAAUUUGCCUGUACAUGCUGCUGACCUGAGCAUACCUUAACUAACUUUGUUGUUGCUGCUAGACGAGAAACCAAUUUCUGUUGUUGCUAGAAACUUUGCUCCAUGUUAGAUCUUUAUUUGUUCAGAAAUGUGGUAAUUUUGUCUAUAAAAUGUUAAGUUGUUUCUUUUUUUUUUUUGCAUUGGUGAUUAUAACAGAAAAAACUAAUAUGUUUUAAGGUCAUUUUUGAGCACACAAAUCACAAUCACAAUUAUAAACAAAAUUAGUUAAUGGUAUUUAACCUGAUCUUGGUGCCUUGGUUUAACCUGAAACUGAAGGGGAAAAUCUUUUAUAUUCCUGGUCUGGAAAGUACUAUAUGGAAUGAAUUUUCUGUAUGAUCAGAUCGAAGGGGACAAAGUUUUACAAUUCUGUUCUAAAAAGUAUUGUAUGUAUUUUCUUUGCCAUUUUCUGAAAAGUAUUUUGGGAUGUCAAGUUUUCAGAAUUUUUAGAAUGGCUCACCUGUGAAAUCUACUCAUGCAUUUUUUAUAUAUACUAAGUUUAACGAUAACAAAACUUUGUUUUGUAGAGCAUGGGUAUUCUGUUUUUGUGAGAUCACUUGCCUUAUGAUUGUACUGUGAAAGAAGUUGACGGAGUUCUGGAAAUCUGGGGUUAUUAGGCCUGGUGGCAUUCAAGUUAGAAACCAUCAGGCUUAUUCCUCUGAACUGGUCUAUCGGAAUGCCAGGAAUCUUAGCGGCAACAAUGGAGGGUAUUUGUCGCGUUAGUAAUCACAUCUCUCCCAAAUUUCUAACUAUUUCUCGGGAACUAAUUCAAGUAAAGCCAACUUGGAAAAUGAAGGUUGGUGUUGGGCACUUGUGCCCACCACGAGGCAAGGAUGUCCUUACUGUUGUUGCUAUAGAUGGCUUCACAAUUAGCGCUCUUUUAUUGUCCCUCGUUUUCUGAAAGGUCAGGGCCUCAGGGGAUCAGACCUUCUCCACUUGGGAUUAAGGUCUAUACUGAGGCAGGCGAGGGAGCGAAGCUGCUCAGCGUGUGCUUCUUUGAUGCGGACCAGACAGGUUGUGAAAUUGUGCUCUUUUUUUUUUCAUUUCGGUAGUUUCAUCCAUAUGUGAAGUUCUGAAAAGGGAAACUGAUGUUUUGGUUUGAGUUGUAUUGAUUAUUAAGAGGUUUCUGGUGAUAAAUUUUAGGUGUUGACCAUCGGGCGUACUAUUUGAUACUCGGUGGUCACAUUCUAUGUCUCA